AUGACAGCGAAUUAUAAAAGGAAGUCUGGAAGAGAUAGAAUCAGUAACUUGCCAGAACACUUAAUAGCCUCAAUCAUAGAGCGUCUCCCUAUUCAAGAUGCUGUAAGGACAUGCAUUAUAUCUAAAAAGUGGAGGUACAUAUGGACCGAAAUGAGGAAGCUGGUUUUUGAUAACAAGUUCUCAAACAAAUUUGCAAAAAAUGGAGCUUUUGGUGGGUUUAUAAGUAUCAUAAAACAAGUCUUGACCCUUUCCAAAGGUCCUAUCUUGAAAUUUUCAAAAAACGGAGCUUUUGGUAGUAAUGAGUUUAUAAGCAUCGUAAACCAAGUCUUGACCCUUCACAAAGGUCCUAUCUUGAAAUUUCAUCUCCAUAUACCAAACAUAUUUCUUGAUAGCUUCGAAGAAGUCGAUCAAUCGAUGUUACUCUUAUCAAGAACCGGAGUCAGGGAACUCAUUCUUGAUAGUUCAAAUCGAUGUUAUGAACUUCCUUCUUACGUGUUUUCUUGUCUAGAAUUGACAAGGUUGAUACUAUACAACUGUUUCUUUAACCCACCACUUAAGUUUGAAGGAUUUCUCAAUCUUGAAGAACUUAUUCUCCGUCAUAUUGAUUUUGGAGCUAACUUGUGUGGAACUAAGAUCAACUUACCACGACUUAAGAACUUGUCUCUGGGUUAUUGCAAAAAUGUUUACAAUUUGAAAAUCAAGGCUACAAAUCUCUUCCGUUUGGCUAUCACUGCUUGUCCCGAUGCGAUGUUGGCCACAAUGUUAAGUAAUUCUAAAGUUAAACGUUUUUGUAUCGACGCUCAGUUUCUCAAGACAUUGACUCCAGAGAAUAUUCCAAAGUGGCUUCAGCAGCCGGACAAUAGUUUAAGGUAUUUGUGGUUCCGAAAAUUUCAUCUUGUUGACGUGGAUCAACUUCGUGGUGCUCUUUGUUUGCUUCGGAACUCACCAAAUAUAAAGACACUGGGGAUGUAUCUGGAGAAGUUAUUUCAGAAGCCUCGAGUUAACAUAGGACCUGCUUCAAGUAUUUUGGAAUCUCUAAACUGCUUGGACUAUAAAUUGUAUCAGUUGCAAAAUGUUGUUAUAACAUCUAUAGAAGGAUCAAAACCAGAAAUGCUUUUCAUAAAGCUUCUUCUUUCCCAUUCCCCUUCUCUCGAAAAGGUUACCAUUAGACCAAGUGGAUCUUCUAGUGUUCAAGAAAGACUUGACAUUGCGAAGGAUGUUAUGUGGUUCCCUCGAGCCUCACCAAAAGCCAAAAUUAUCUACUCGAAUCCGUAA